GGCUUUAAAUAGCGGACUGUAGCUCGGUGUCACUCGUCCCCAGACAUGAUCUGAUGAAUAAAUCCUGUCUGUUCAUCGCACCGCGUUAAAACCGUGUCCUGUCAGUCGUGACGCCUGCGCACCGACUAAACGAACUAGUUCGCUAGCCUGCUAACAUAAUACCACCCAUCUGGUGUCAGAUCGAAGGAGACGCACACAAGGGGAUUAAAAAAAAAAAAAAGAAACACGCUGCAGAAAGGCCGUGCUGCUGAAAACAUUUAGAGUGAAAUGAAGAGAGCUGUGUCCUUCCUGAUAAGUGCCUACGUCUCAGUUCCUGUCCUUCUCUACCUGUUCCCCUGGAUACUGGGCCAUGCCAUAUUUGCUCAUUUAGUGCGGUUUCCAUUCUUUGUGGAUCUGGGCCGACCCGAAGACCUGCUCAACCACACGCGCAACUUCUACCUCAACACAGAGGAGGGCGUCUCAGUGGGAGUGUGGCACACGCUGCCCGCCAGCCAAUGGGAGCAGGCCGCCGGGAAAAGCCCUGAGUGGCACCAGGAGACUCUGGGAGAUGGAAGUCCUGUUAUUAUCUAUCUCCAUGGGAACGCAGGGAGCAGGGCUUUGAAUCACAGAGUGCAACUGGUGAAGAUGUUAAGUGCUACAGGAUACCAUGUCCUGUCUUUAGACUACAGAGGUUAUGGAGAUUCCACCGGGGAGCCCAGUGAAGCUGGACUGACCAGCGACGCCCUCUACCUGCACGACUGGGUAAAGAAACAAACCAGGGGAAGCCUCGUCUGUCUGUGGGGACACUCGCUGGGAACUGGGGUGGCUACCAAUGCUGCUGUUAGAAUACAGGAGGAGCAAGGGUCGGCUGUCGACGCUAUAAUUCUUCAAUCUCCGUACACAAGAAUCGGCGAGGUCGUGGCCCAGCAUCCGCUCGCUAAGCUGUACAUGUUCCUUCCUGGAUUUGAGAGCUUGCUGUGGAACGUAGUGGAGAGGAACGACAUCUUAUUUGCUAACGAUAUAAACUUGAAGAAACUGACCAGCCCGCUUCUCAUCCUGCAUUCAGAGGACGACAACAUCGUCCCGUAUGACAUGGGUGUAAAGCUGUACCAGAUUUCACGCCAGACCCAGAAAGAAUUCAACACAGAUGCUCGGGUUGAAAUGAUCUCCUACGACGCGAGUCUCGGAUUCUCCCACAACAAGAUUUACUUGGAUCCCAAUUUAACCGACGUGGUCAGUAAGUUUCUACAAAACUUGACACGGUAGAAGAUGUCCCUCCUCUCUACGAUGUCUUUGUUGCUUUGUACAUUUUGUGAAAUAAUAUCUUCUGAAAAUGGAAAUAAAACCACUUCAACGUAUAUAUUACACUUUUUAAUGUCAACAUUAUGAAGAACAACUGUUGUACACAAAUGAAUUGAGUUUGUAUCUUUCCUUUAACCAAAUAAACUGAUACAGAUCUUAA